AGUUCGUGGGAGGUUUUUGGAGUUAGGCAAGGGCGAAUGUCGAAUUUUCUUACCGUGGGACGGAGGUGCGCGUGUCAGGAGACCGCGGGAAAAUGAAUAAUGACGAAGCGGCCAGGAAGUGAAAAAUGAUCGAAGCAAAAUGAGGAGGACCUAUAAUACUGCAGCAGAUGCCCGAACGUCUGAUUGCCUCGAACAAACAAGACGUUUGCACAAGGGUAUAACGGAUAUUGCCAAAAGAUUAGAUGAACAAAAAAGCCAUGCAUUAACAGUAACAGAUUUAUUUACCCCUUCAGGGGAAACAUUGCGAGCAAAGCUUAAAGAUUAUUGUGUAAGGUUAAUAAUUAAAGAUCCUAUUGGUUAUGCACGUAAAACUGAAGAGUUAUUAUGGAGGAAAGCAUUUUAUGAUACUGUAUAUGCUGCUAAAAAGUUAAGAAAGAGCCGAAAUAAUGUAUGGACAGAAACAGAAAAAGCAGUGUUAUCUGUCCAUUUAGCAGUAGGAGUGGGAUUUUACCAUCAUCUAAUACUGAAACUACAAUCAGAAUAUGGUUUGGAUUUGGUUGGUGCUAUUGAUUUUGCAUUUAUGCAAAAUGAAACUGGUUUGUCGAGUGCAAAGAACAAGAUGAGUCAAUUUAAAGUUCAUACAGAAGAAAUAAAACAGUGUGUUAUGCGCUUAAUACAUAGAAGCUUGGUAUGCCUUGGGGAUUUAGCUAGAUACAAAUUAGAAUUAGAUCCAUAUUGGGAUCCAAUGAUAGCGAAGAGAUAUUACAAAAUGGCUAUAGCAAUUGAUCCAAAUAUUGGACUACCACAUAAUCAAUUGGGCACUGUAGCAGGCAAUAAAAAUUAUGGUCUUGAUGCAGUAUACCACUACAUGAGAUGUGUUUUAUGUACUGAACCAUUUGAAGGAGCAGAAGGAAAUUUAAAGAGAGCCAUUGUUACUCACUCUAUUUGCACAGAUGAAAAGCACACUACGCACAUGUGCAUAUCAAGAUUAUUUUCCUUAUUACAAUUAUGGGAUUAUGAUAUACCGAAUUCUGACAGAAUAAAUCAGGAAUGUCAAGAUCUCUUGAAUAGCAUCGAAACUUGUCUGAGUAUGGAACAACCCGAACCAAGUGAUAUAGAUUACAAUGAAAAAGAAAACAGUAUUGAAGUGUAUCUUCAAAACUGCAAAAAUGGACACAUAAAUUAUUUAACAGAUGACAUGAUAUUUAAGAUUGUAGCUAUAUGCUUGAUGUCUAUUUCUCAAUUAAAAAGCAAAGAAUCUAGCGAAGUACAAGGUGUGGUCGCUAUAACAUUGGCAAUAUUAUCUCAACUAGUACAAUUUACAAUAACAAGACUACAGGAGUCUUUUAUAGAUGUGCUUUUACCAAACACAGAAACUUUACAGUCAAAUGAGCAAUUAUUGCAACAAAAUAACGAAUGUAAUAAUGCACCCGUAAAUGCUGAAGAAAAGAAUGACGUAAUGAAAGAACUAAAGUCAAAUUCAAACGAAAUUGAUAAGUCUGCGAAUAAAAAUGAUGAUAAAACAUCUUCCAAAAAAAGAAUCGCAGAAAAUAAUGGGGAAGUUCAUAAUGGUACGCGGAAAACUUGGGAUAAAACUAAAAGUUUGCUUACAAAACUUCGACGACGAAAACGAAGAAAUAGCAGUGAUUCGGACGCGAGUGACGUUGAAUCUUUCAGCGAUGAGAUAAAUUCAGACGUUUCCGAGACAGAGGACGAUGUAUUGAGCGAAGGAAACGUUUUAUCAGAGGAUGCAUUAUCGGAAGAUGUCACAGACGAUGAAGGCUCUAGUAUGCGAACAAAGAAAGAAAUUACAGUCGAGUCUGAAACAAAGAAACUUAAUGGACACGUGGAAACGGAAACAAAAGUUGAAGCAACCGAUAACAUCAAUGAUCACGUACAAAACGGUGAACAAGCAUCCGAUGCCCAAAUAGACAAAAAACUUGACGAUAAAGAUUCCGUGACUAAUUCUGGAAGUGCGGUAACUAAUUCUAAUACUACGUUCGAAGAAAGUAAUGGAUCGUCGGGUAGAGUAACGUACAUUGCUCAAUUGAAAAAACAAGAUUUAAACCCGGAGGAGGUAUUGAACGUGUUGGUUGAAAAAGAAAUACUCGCGUCUAUUAAAAUAUGUUGCGACUGGUUAAGGAGUAACCCAGAUAUCAUAAGGAUAUGUGGAAAAAGUUCACGGAUUUUACUGAAACGCGUUACGAUUUUGUUGAAUUUAAUUAACAUCGAUACGAAGAUGUUAGAAAAUUGUAAGAACGAUAGCAUGAUUUUGUCAAGUGUAGAUAAACUGAAGGAAUGUAUUAAAAUAAUUCCAUUGCCAGAAGAUAUUGAUUUAAGAGGAUUGAAUCUGUUGGAAGAUGCUCAAAAAUCGCUUAAUUGGAAAAUACUGUACAAACAUAAAAUGAAUAAACGGGAGGAAACUUUGCUGAGGGCAUUGAAAUUAAUCGAAUUUGGGCACUUCCUUAAUUCUGUCGAAGAUGCCGGAGUAAAGUACGAACCAACGAAACAAAUGUUUAUAACGAUCGAUGUGAACGCUGCUAAUGUAACAAAGGGUAACUGCAAGGAUUUUGAAAUGGAUCACUCGCGUGGAAAGUUGAUGAGACAUAUGGGAAAAUUAUGGUUGAAAGCAGAAGUUUGUGCUCUGGAGACUCGUUUAAGAUCUAGGCUUAUGUCUCCAUAUUUAGUACCAGACCAUGAAGCUUUAGCAAAGCAUACACCGGCUCUUAAACGUUUAGUGUAUGCCAAGAAAUUCAUUGUUGUAAUCCCUAGUGUUGUCGUUUCAGCUUUGGACGAAGUAAAACGGAUUAGUGGCCGAGCAAGAGAAGCGACACGAUGGUUGGAAGGUCAAUUAAAGCGAGGUUCGAGAUUCUUGCGAGCCCAAAGACCUCACGAGAGGUUAACGUUACCCUAUAUAAAAGGACCAAGACCAAAAGAUAAAGAAGCAUGGCUAUUUUUCCAAAUUAUCGAAUGUUGCCACUAUCUUACGCAACAGACAAAAGUUGGUAUUACAAACGAUGCGGAAACACCAGUUGUGACAUUGCUAACAGGUUGCAGCCCAGACGACAAAAGAAUCCAUACUUUUAGUCCUAAUGGAUUGGCAAAGAGUGCAGGCGUCAAUAUCGAGUACAUAGAGUCAUUUCAUACAAAAUGGAAGGCGUCGAGUAAAAGUCAUGGUUGAGCAUAUCGGACUAAUGGAGAUGAUCAUCCGCUUCUUCCUCAUACUGAAGUGAAAGUAAAAGACUUGACCCUUCUUGAGAGCUGCAAAUACGGUCAGCUGAGCGGGCGAGUCUGAGAGGGCUGGAAACCCAGAAAGGAAAAUCGAUGGUUCUCCUAUAACAUAACCAAAAUGGAACUUUAAUAUCUUUUUUCAUGGAAGAAUUCUAAACAAUAAAAUGGUUUCCUUUUAAUCGCUCGUAUUGCCUUUUAUGUUUAAAAAAAAAGCUGUAUUUUUCACUAAAUAUUUUUCAAUAAAAGUGAAU